AUGCAGACUGCUUCUACAAACAUUUGUGAAAGACUGUGCAAAAAGUCCACCCAUGAACUUUCCUUGCUACUAAAUAUUCCACCGUCAACUGUUAGUGCUUAUUAUAACAAAGUGGAAGCAACUGGGAACAACAGCAACUCAGCCACGAAGUGGUAGGCCAUGUAAAAUGACAGAGCGGGUCAGAGCAUGCUGAAGAGCACAGUGUGCAGAAGUCUCCAAAUGUCUUCAAAGUCAAUAGCUAAAGACCUCCAAACUUCAUGUGGCCUUCAGAUUAGCACAACAACAGUGCUUAGAGAGCUUCAUGGAAUGGGUUUCCAUGGCCGAGCAGCUGCAUACAAGCCUGAUAUCACCAAGUACAAUGCAAAGCAUCGGAUACAGUGGUGUAAAUCACGCUGCCACUGGACUCUA